AUGUCACAAGACAGAGUCACGAAAAUUGUGAAGGAGAUAAAUACCCUAAAAACCAGUUGUGAAAAGUUGAACGCCCAGUUGGAAGAACUGCUUACACAGAAGGUGGAAAAUGAAAUUCUUCUGGAGGAGGUUAAAAACUUGGAGGAAGACGCAGUUUUACACAAGCUUGUUGGCUUAAUUUUAGUUCGGGAGGAAAAAAACAAAUGUUAUGAUACCAUCACGCGAAGGAUACAUUACAUUACUGGAGAAAUAGAAAGCAGGAAAAAAGUUAUUAGCAAUUCGGAAGAAAAGCUGAAGAAACUAUUUAGCGAUCUGGAAGUUCAUACCAACCAAAGAAAAGUAUCCAUUCCUCAGUCAUGA